AGGGACAGAGGAGGGGUGGGGAUUUCAGCUCUAAUCCUUGCUCUUUGCCCGCCUCUUCUUCAAAUAAGAAGCUGGAGCUGAAGUGCAGGGGCAUUUUCUAAAUCAUAGGGCCAGGAAAAUCAGGCAGAUCUUCUCAGUUGUCUGAAGAGAGAGAGAGAGAGAGAGAGGAAGAAGAAGAAGAAAAAGGAGAAUGGUGGAGGCUUUCUGUGCUACCUGGAAGCUGACUGACAGCCAUAAUUUUGAUGAAUACAUGAAAGCACUAGGAGUGGGCUUUGCCACUAGGCAGGUGGGGAAUGUGACUAAACCAACAGUGAUAAUCAGUCAAGAAGGGGACAAAGUGGUGAUCAGAACUCAGAGUACCUUCAAGAACACAGAAAUCAGCUUCCAUUUGGGAGAAGAAUUUGAUGAAACAACUCCAGAUGAUAGGAACUGCAAAUCUGUUGUGAGCCUAGAUGGCGACAAGCUAGUUCAUGUUCAGAAAUGGGAUGGCAAAGAGACAAACUUUGUAAGAGAAAUCAAGGAUGGCAAAAUGGUCAUGACUCUCAGCUUUGGAGAUGUGGUGGCUGUUCGUCACUAUGAGAAGGCAUAAACAGCAUCAUGAUGGUCCCCUGUCCAGAUGAAUACUCUAAGAAAAGUUUUUGUUUUUUUCUGUCACUCUGAUAUGAGUACCACCAUACUACUGAUGUGUAUGCCACUGUGACCUGGAAGGUGAUGAGCCUUUUAAAAAUGCUGUUCAAGUCAGUUAUCCCAUUUGUUGUAAAUUGAAUACUUAGAAAAACUUUGCAUGGUCUUGGAACCAUAUUUUUUACAAAAGAAAAAUAAAUAAUUUUUUUUUGUGAUUUGUGGGGGAAAUUUAAGUCAAAUAAAGAUAACAUGUUAGAAAUACA